UAAAUAAAUUAAUGAAUAGAUUCUUUUUCACAGGAUAAGCUACUCCUAUUGAAAAUAGUGAAUUUGAUGAUGAAUACACGCUUAAAGUGCCUUCAGAAGAUGAAGUUAGAAUUGUUGCUACCAGAUUAAGAAAUUGUAUCACAUAACAUCUAAUUAUAUUACUAUAGGUUAAUAUUAUCUAACAGGUAUUGAUGUUUGUAGACAAUAAAUAUUCUAAAAACAUCUUGAAGAUGAAAAAGCUGUUCCAAAUGGUUUCUUACCAUGUAAACCACUUGUAGAUAGCUAUUAUUAUUGUAUUUCAUAAGUAAUAAUAACAUAUUUAACCAAAAAGGGAUAAUAUGGAUAAUCAGUCUAAGAUGCUCCAACCGAAUCAUAAGAAAAUCUAACAAAAUUUUAAAGUUGCCUUUUCAAUAAAUUGAAUCCAGCCAACUAUUGUAAAGGGUCAGAUUAAAAUUAAUAUUCUUAGAUUUGCAAGUUAAGCUGUCAGAGAUUUGUAUCAUUUACCUGGCACCAAAAUUAAAGAUACCACAAUCUGAUGAUUAAUCAUUAUCAAUUAUUGUAUAACAAUCAAAAUCAAAAAAUAC